AUGAGGUCCACACAGUUGUCUUUCGUUUUUGUUUCCACCUUGUCGCUUGCCAACGCUGCGGCUUACCCCCCUAGCGUCUAUAAACGCGCGCCGCCUCCCGCGAACCUCGCCCACGGAUAUGCUUACAAGGGCUGUUACAUCGAUGUCGGCCGCACAAUCAACGAAGCCGCCACAGGCAAUGCUCAGAUGACCAAUGAGGCCUGCACCGAGUACUGCUUCAACAAAGGGUUUGCCUACGCCGGUACUGAAUGGUACAAUGAAUGCUACUGCGGCAACACCCUGGCCAAGGGGGGUAUCCUCGCCAACGAGGCCGACUGCACCACUCCAUGCAGCGGAAACGCCGCUCAGCCCUGCGGUGGUCCCAAUCGCUUGUCCUUGUACCAGACGUCCCUGGUCGUCGGCCCCUCAGUCAACCCGGGUGUUGGUGACUGGAGCUCUAUUGGAUGCUACUCCGAAGGAACAACCGGCCGCGCCCUGACCUACGGUGUCGGCGGCAUCCCUGGCAACCAGAUGACUGUCGCCAAGUGUACCGCUGCCUGCGCCAACGCCAACUUCAUCCUGGCUGGUGUAGAAUACUCUGGAGAAUGCUACUGCGGUAACAGCUUCGCCAACGGUGGUGCCCCUGCCGUUGAUGGCUGCAACAUGCUUUGCAACGGCAACGCAUCCGAGUACUGUGGCGGUCCCAACCGCUUGAACGUCUACGAUUUCAAACACCAGUACCUGCCUCUGACGACCUCUGCUUCUACUCCGGCAGCCACGGGCUCGUCGGCCCCCAACGCCGCCGAGUCUUCCAGCACUGUCGUAAGCUCCGCAUCGUCCGCAGCCUCCACUCCUUCCGUCCUGAGCCAGCCAGCGACCGUCGGCACAUGGAAGUGGUAUGGAUGCCAGACCGAGGCCACCGGCACCCGCGCGCUCAACGCGAAGACCUUUGCGUCGGAUGACAUGACUUUGGAGAAGUGUGCCACUUUCUGCACUGGAAACACCUUCUUCGGCGUCGAGUACUCGCGCGAGUGCUGGUGUGGCAACAGUUUCGCCGCCGGCUCCGUCCCUGUCCCUGGUACCCAGUGCUCUAUGAAGUGCAUGGGAAACCCAUUCCAAUACUGCGGAGAAGGCAACCGCCUGUCUGUCUACACCAUCGGCGACGCCACCCAGCCCUCGUCUGCCGCUCCCACCGGUGCCGCCACGCCCACAGCUGCGGUUCCCGUUGCCUCCAACCUGCCCACUGGCUGGCAGGAUCAGGGCUGCUGGGUUGACAACUUGAACGGCCGCAUUCUCCCCAACCAGCUUCAGGACGAUCCCGCCAUGACCCUCGCCUCCUGCGCCCAGGCCUGCGCUUCAGCGGGUUACACGGUUGCCGGUGCCGAGUAUCACACACAGUGCUUCUGUGGCAACGCCAUUUACUAUGGCGGCGCUCCUGCUUCAGAUCCGACAACCUGCAACACUGGGUGUGGGGGCAAGCCUUCCGAGAUGUGUGGUGGCCCCAACCGCAUGACCAUCAUGUCCCUGGGCACCCCCCAGACCUUCCAGCCUCCCGUGCCCCAAAAGAGUGGUUUCAACGGCAGCUGGACCUACCAAGGCUGCCUCUCGUACGAGAACGCACAGCGGCCUUUCAAGUGGCAGGUUCUCUUCCCUGGCAUCAACAACGCUGGUCUGUGCCUUGACAGGUGCGCCGCAUUUGGCUACCCUGCGGCUGGUCUCGAGUACGGCGAGGAGUGCUACUGUGGUGACCCAGCCAACAUCGCCGCGGCCCCCCAAAAGGUGAGCUUCGUCGAUGAAUCCCAGUGCAACAUCGUCUGCCCUGGCAACCACAGUUCCAUCUGCGGUGGCGGUGCUCGACUCUCCACGUACUUCUGGACUGGCACUAAGCCUCUGUAUUCGUGGACAUUCGGCACGGAUGCGCUCACGGCGGGUUCCUACGAGCUUCUCAUCGGCAGUCUUUCGAUUCCCCUGAUGACCAUGGAGACUAUCACUGGCAAGGUGACCUUCCUCGAGAAGUUUGGUACUGGCCCGCCCAACUCCACUGGCGCCUACGAACUUGAUCUGUCCCUCGUCCCGGACAUCAGCAAGGCCUGGAGGGAGAUGCACGUCAAGACCGACAUCUUCUGCUCCGCCGGCAUCACGCUUCCUGACAAGGCGGGCCGCCAACUCACUCUCGGCGGUUGGUCCGGCGAUUCUACCUACGGCGUCCGUCUGUACUGGCCUGAUGGCAAGCCCGGCACUCCCGGCACAAACGAUUGGCACGAGGAUGUCCAGAACCUUCGCAUGCAGGAUGGCCGCUGGUACCCCUCGUCCAUGAUCAUGGCCAACGGUUCCAUCUUCAUCAUCGGAGGUGAAGAGGGUGCCAACGGUCGUGCCGUUCCUACCAUCGAGGUCAUGCCCUUCACCGGCUCCAAGCCCCUGACCAUGGACUGGCUCGCACGCACAGACCCCAACAAUCUGUACCCUUUCGUUGCCGUACUCCCCAGCGAGGAUAUCUUCGUCGCUUACUGGAACGAGGCCAGAAUCUUGGACAAGGUCACGUUCGACACAAAAGCGGUCCUGCCCAAUAUCCCUGGUUCCGUAAACAACCCCUUGGCAGGCCGUACUUACCCGCUCGAGGGCACUGGCGUUCUGCUGCCCCAGCAUGCCCCUUACACUGACCCCCUUGGUGUUCUCAUCUGUGGUGGUUCGACCGAGGGCCCCGGGUUCGCCUUGGAUAACUGCGUCUCCAUUGAACCCGAGGGUGCCAACCCCAAGUGGGUGCUCGAGCGUAUGCCUUCGGCCCGCGUCAUCUCUUGCAUGGCACCUCUCCCCGACGGCACAUACCUGAUCAACAACGGUGCUCAGCAAGGUGUCGCCGGCUUCGGUCUCGCGACGAACCCCAAUAAGAACGCCCUGUUGUAUGAUCCUGCCAAGCCGAUCGGCGAGCGCAUCACCGUCAUGGCCAACACCACGAUCGCUCGUAUGUACCACUCCGAGUCCAUCACCCUACUCGACGGCCGUGUUCUCGUCACCGGAUCCGACCCCGAAGAUGGUGUCAACCCUCAAGAGUACCGCGUCGAGGUCUUCAACCCUCCCUACCUGACUAGCAAGAAGGAGCGUCCUACCUUCACUCUCGCCAACACUGACUGGGCGCAUGGCGGGACGUACACCUUCAGCCUCGGUCAUGCUCCCAAGAACGGCAAGAUCCAGGUCUCCCUUCUCGGUGCUGUGACCUCGACGCACGGCAACUCGCUGGGCGCCCGAACCAUCUUCCCCGCCGUGAGCUGCGGCCCGACGGAGUGCACAGUCACCGCGCCGCCCAGCCCCGGUGUCGCCCCUCCGGGUUGGUAUCAGUUCUUCGUCCUCGACGGCGGCAUCCCCGCCGUCGGCGUCUACAUCCGCAUCGGUGGUGACCCCGCCAAGCUGGGCGAAUGGCCCAAGGUCGCAGGCUUCGAUACACCUGGUAUCUAG